CUGUUGUACUCGGGUCUGGCUCGCGCCGCUCGCUCGCCCGGCUAGAAGCGCCACGAAUGACGUCUGCGGCGGCGAGGAGCACCGUGGCGGCCGUCCUGGCUGUCGCGGUAUUCGCGUGCGCUCUGUCAGCGCGACUAGGGGGGCACGUGGUCGCGGAGGAGCGGUGGCCAACGACGCGUGCCACCGAUUGGGACCUGGUGGACGAUGCUCUGUCCGUGGCCGAAGGAAGCGUGACCGCGCUCGGGAACAGGAUCGAGCACCUCUACGAGGACAUAUACAUCGGCUUCGCCAUGAUCGUCGAUCAGCUUCGUCUUGAAGUACGCCGCUUCCAACCCGCACUGGAGUCUGCAUUAAAAGCGCGCCAGUCACGGGCGCACUCAAAGAACGAGCAGCCCAGCCUGGCGAAGGCCGCGGCCGCUCUCAAUCGCACUCGGGAGCUGUUCAAGCUGGCCCUGGACAUCUACCAGAGGGGCGCCCCUUUGUUCCUGGACACCCUCACCUUUGAAUCCGCCGAAGCUUUGCUCCCGAUCAUUCGGCUGGGAAACUGGGCUUUCGAUUUCCCGGCUUCACGAGUCAGCACCGACUUCAUGGAGAUGCCGCUCGCUUCCAACGGAUUUUUGGAGGACUUCUCGGAUUUUUGCAUCCUGGAGUUGUCAACACCACGAAAGCCAGAAGAAUGCAAAAUCAGUUCCAAUUGUAUCGACCUCAUGACUGACCCAUAUACUGACGGGUACUGGUUAACACACGAAGUAUUCUACACACUCAUCGCCUACGUCAGCCCUUGUAGACAGCAACUGCAACAGCUUCUGAGUGAACACAGACAAAUGAGCAUCAAAACAUUCCUCCACCAGACGUGCAGCAAUAUUUACAGGGACGCCAUGUUCGAAAGCAAGCAGGGCCUCACGGAAUGGUUUCAAGACCUUUUUAUGGAACAAGUCGGCUUCUGUGGGCUGGCCGGCUUUCCGGAGUUUUAUAAGCCGGAGUGGAUUCGAGCCAUUCGCAGCUGGCAGAGAGCGGAUGGUUGCUUUACGGACGGCAUGGAAAUUCUCGACGACCCACUCACAACUUUCAAGAGGAAACCGGGUAGGACUAAGCGAGCAGAGUUACGACUGGAAGACCGUUGCCGACCUCACAAGACAGUUUUGGGGGCAAUAGCAAUGUCAGCUGGACUGAAGUAUCUGAUAAAUUCUAAUAACCUUACAUUAAGUGCUUAAAUAAUAUGCUAUGACAGGUUUAGGUAAGUCUAACAAGAAAAGAAACGAAAUGUGUCAAACGUUGGUAACCUUAAAAAACAGCUGCUCAAUGAAGAUUCUUAAACGUGUAAAGGCGUUGCAACACAUGUUAAAAAAGGAAGUCGCAUAUUUAAGAUAAAGAAAGGAAAUUUGGUCCAAACAUCUUAUAAAUUCCGUCAGUUCAGAAAGAAAGCACGGGUGAUGGCAAGACAAACCUGCCACAAGAACCGCCCACGUUACGAAUGUGCGGCACUUGUUAAACUGAAUAAACUACUUAUU